CGAAUUGAUCAGUUUAAUUGGAUACCGUCGGUCCGUUCGGACGUGUUUUUUCGCGACAGCGGUUUUCCCAAGGAGAGCUCCUCCGAGGACUACUUGUGAGUCUAGGAAGUGUGUAUUGUGCAGCCGCAGAUAUUUCCGUUCCAAUUCCGACGAAGGAUUGUUCCGUGUGACGAGGUGAUUCCGCUACAUACAUUUAGGCUGAGAACGCCGAAAAUUUAAAUUUGCGCGUUCAGUAUUGCUGAUUCGAGUGAUAUGAAUCAGCCAAUCAGUGCGUGUGUGUGUGUGUUUGCUGCGUAGGGUCGGAACGCCCCUUAGUGAUUGAAAUCAUUUGAAAUUUACACACGGAUCGUGGAAGGAUACGACAUUGUGGUGUAAGAGAGUGAGGGAGGAAAGGGAAAAAACAAAAAAGUGAUUGUGGCGGCAAAAUCCGCAUAACACAAAUUGCUGAUUAACCCAAUUGCGUGUUGUGUUUAUCACGGAGGAAAGUGUGCAAAAUAAAAAAGGUAAUUGAUGAGUUUUGGGGACGAAAGUGAGCUCAUUCUGAUAUGUUGUUAUGUUUGGUGACACAACUAACAGUGCUAACAUAUUCGGCGCAUUAAUUCAAAACUUCGUCAGCUUGUGAGAUCAAUUUGAGAGGCGGUAGGAAAUAAAAACUUUUUUCCCUCACCGAGGCAACGAGCGAUGCUGAGUUGGUAGCUAAAAAUGUAAAUACACAGGAGGGACAUCUCUCGACGUCCGGAACACAAACAAGAUUGCCUCACCAAGAUAGACGUCAUCGCCGUUCAAGUGGUAUCGAGCGGCGACAGUAAAAACCACCCCCAGUUACCAUAUUGAUUGUUUAAUGCCAACUCCCGAAUUCCGUCGGCGAAGAAAGGAUCGAGCCUGCCGGCGUAACUGCCAGCGCGUGAGUGAAUGUAAACACAUGUGUCACUGAGGUGGUUUCAUUAUUUUUUAAUAUUUACCCCCGCCUGAAAAACCCCACUGUGGUCUGUGUGUGUGUGUGUGUGUGUGUGCGCGUGAAAGCAAACAAUCAGAACCUCUACAUAUAUGGGCGAAGAGAGUAUUCACACCAGGAAUGAUAUCUCUCCUCCAGCAUCGAGUGGAAAACGCGAAAGUUACCUUUAUUUCGGGCUCCGCUUUUUGUUUCGAGCGAGCGCUAAGUGAAAAUUUAUAACGCUUCGGUGGAGCGCCGGCGAAGAGCCUUUUUUCGCAGGAAAAGCGUCGCGCGAAUAAAUUAUUCAGACGUGAGACGUGAAAAGAAAGUAGCGCGAAAGUAAACAAAGCACGUGUGCGUAAUUUUGGAAAGUGAUUUCCUCGGAUCCCCGCCGGGGGUAAGGAGAAAUAAAGUAAUUAUUCUACCAUUCAGCUUUUUUUGUCUUCGAGUGUCGGAAGGUUCACUCGAAACACACACACACCGCUGGAAAAGCUGGAAACUUUCCCUUCGAGACUCACGCCAUCGAGAUUUUAUUGUAAUUAUGUGAGAAACGGGUGCGUGUUUCGGUGAGAGUUUUUCGGUUCGGUGAAGAAACGUCGAGGAGCCUCACAUCCCGGCGGCAAAGAGAGGUUUUCCGUAAUGUGAAAGGACAUUAGCCGGUGGAGAGAAGAAGAAACUGGCCGGAAAAGGUUCGUUUUCAGGUUGAAUCGUGACCCGUCACACAAAAGUAUUCGAAAAGCACGAAACGGAAAAGCCACCCAAAUGUCGAAUGCAUGAAACAUAAUGGAUUACCUGGGCAGCCUAAAAUGGACCUCUACAGACGAUUGAAGGUCUUCCCGGUCGUCGCCUUAACAUGGGUAUGCUUCGUUGCAAUAUGCUGUGUUAAAUUGACGGAGGCGAGAAUAGGAUAUUUCUGGCAUAUCACGGAUUUGCAUUUCGAUUCGUACUAUACCACCAACGGAGAUAUAUUCCGAAGUUGUUGGAAAAACGAACACCACACAAGUGCAAGCAACGUGAAGCGGCCAGGAACCUUCGGUGAUUACAUGUGCGACAGUCCAUGGAGUCUGCUCGAGUCGGCCACGCAAGCGAUGAAAUCCAAACAAGGCGAUAACGUCGAAUUCGUGCUGUGGACCGGCGAUGGCUUAUCACAUUCGGCCAAGCGGCUGCACGAGACCAAUCGACUGGAGCUGCUGAGGAACAUCACCGAGCUGAUGAGUCGCACCUUCCCAUCGCAGUUCGUCUUCCCGGUCCUCGGCCACGAGGAUGGCAGCCCCAACUUUGUACAGCUGGGCGAACUGUGGCGCCACUGGUUGCCACUGGAAGCUUUGCAGACGUUCGAAAAAGGCGGUUAUUACACAAUCGAGCAGACCAAAAGCCGUUUGCGGAUAAUAGCUUUAAACACAAAUUACAUGCGCCAUGACGCCAAAUACUCGCAGUCGCAUUCGUCGGCCGUGAAACAGCGACCGGACGGGUCAAUCCACUAUACCGGUGGCAUGGGUUAUGGCCCGUACGACCGGGAUCACCACAUGGGUCUCGGUAAGCACUACCAUCGGGACUACAGUGCGUCGGGGGGCGUGGGGAGCCCUCCCGGCUACAAUGUGUACAGUGAUAGGAGAAAUAGCUAUAGCAGCAGUAGUAUUGUAGAUGGCAGCAGUAGUGGAAGCAGUAGUAGCAACGGUGGUCACGUCAGUGCAUUAUCGGGAUCAAGCAGCCACGAGUCGGAGAAGCAGUGGGAGUGGCUGGAGGAUGUGCUAGCGAAAUCUAGUAGGAAUAAAGAAACUGUAUAUAUAGUAGGACACAUACCACCAGGUUCGGACGAGCGUCACAUUGGCCACACGAUGCCGUACGGACACACGAGCUUUACGGAGAAGAACAACCUGCGCUAUUUGCGGCUGGUGAAGAAGUACUCCUCGAUCAUUCAGGGACAGUUCUUUGGCCAUCUGCACUCGGAUUCGUUCCGGGUGGUUUACAGUGACAACGGAACGCCCGUCUCGUGGAUGAUGAUUGCACCUUCGAUAAGCCCCCGGAGGAUGGGCUUGUCAAAUAAUCCCGCUAUGCGGUUGUACAAGUUUGACACCGAUACAGGCCAGGUUUUGGAUUACACCCAGUAUUAUCUGGAUCUGCAGCAAGCAAACCUAAUCGAGGAAGCGGUGUGGCAACCAGAGUACAACUUAACGACGUAUUACUACGGGCUUGGUGAGGUAUCAGCUAUGGCGCUCCACAACCUGGCUGAUCGAUUCAACCAACCCGAUGACACGCAGUUCAUGAAAUACUACCGGGCCAACUCGGUUCGCCACACGACGCAGCCCUGUGAGGGCGCCUGUCUGCUCAAUCACUACUGUGCCAUAACACGACUGGAUUAUCGCGAUUUUCGCAAUUGCCUGGAAACGGCCAUGGCGUUGGCGUCCAAAAACAGUGCCACUGUCUGCCGAAUUGGUGGCUUCGGUGGCAUCGGUGGCGGCGGAAUGAUCAUUCCUCUAAUGGCUCUUCUCAUAAUGCUCAUCGGUGGCUGCUGCUGGUCUCCGUCUGUUGUGGAUCAACUCGAAAAAGCCCUCUGCUCGCUGCUAAUCAGUUGCAGUGGCAGCAUAGCCGCGGCUCUGGUGGUGACAUGUGCGUCACUCUCCACCGUUGUUAGAAGCUCAUCAGCGUUUCCCACGGAUCGGUGCCACUAGAAAAUUUGACGUGAUUUGCUUAUAUUGGUGGUUAUUUGGUGGGCUAUAUCGUGUGCGAAAGUGUGUAAGCGAAAUAUUUGAACUAUUUAUGAAUGAUAAGAUUUUUUUUUUCUGUUGGGUUUGUUUUGCCACACUCCGCUAACUCUUACUUCACAGCCGAGGCGAUAGUCGAUGUGAAACAUGACCGUUAUCAUGGGCCGCUGUAUUACCGCUUGGCAUGACGGCCCAUGAACGGAACGAGAGCCUGAAACAACAGCGCGAAAUAAAACAAGGCUUCCGUGGUUCUGGUCGGGUUCGGGGGCUCUCGGAAAAAAUUAACAUCGAUGUCGGACAAUGGAAAAUUUAAACAAAUUUAUGCCAGCAAUUUUUUGUUGAACGAUAACGGAAAAGUGCCAGACUGUGGGAAAAGGGGAUUACUGCGGCCUUGCUGCUAUUAGCGAUGGCUUUCGAUUCAUUCCUCCCCUGUUCCUGUUGCUUUCCUGUUCCGAUGUGCGUUGGCACCCCACAUAUAUUGGGAGGCUCACAUUUCAGCCCGGAUUCACACGUGCCCGCCUGUUCGGUGAACGAAAACGCAAAAAAAACCUCUCGCACUUUCCCAACCAGAUUCCGGAUGGCGAACUUAUAAAAACGUUGCGUGCGUUUUCGUAUUGUUUUUUUUUUCAUUUACGUCCAAUCAUCGUGUAUUCGUAAUCAUCAUUAUCAGCAUCAUCGCCAACGGUUUCGGGAGCCCCGGUCAGCAUCCAGCCGAACUCCAGCCACCAUAUCCGAAGGAUCCAGAGGGAAUAAAGUCGCUUCACUUCUGUUUGUCCGCUGUAAUUGGAAUGUUGAUUCUCAAGGAUUGGGAUUUACAUUUUGUUGUUUUCCCGUGUGCUUCCGAGCGCGAUCCCGGCCAAUCCUCGCGAGGGUUGAUAUGUUUUUCGUUCUGUGGCUUUAUUUGGUUUCAUCCGGAUGAUUGGUAGGUCAAAAUGGGAGUAAUGGUGAGUGAUAGUUUUUGUUUUUGUAUGUUUGCUGCAACUUAUUCCCCACACAAUUAGAUAUUUUGAUGGGAUCAUUGGUAGUCCAAACACAGCCAAUCGAGUUUGUUCAAUUAAUUUUUUCGAUCGACAGAAGAACACGAUCUCGGAUUUCUAAUCGUUAAUGGAUUCUAUCUGUGAAGUAGAACUUGCUUCCACAGUUGCUAUUUAAUCCAUUUGACUAGUUUAUUCACUUCCAAACCAAUCUAAAAUUGUUUUCUUAUUUCACAACAUUUCAUUUGAGCACAUCAUCAACAUAUCCGAUUUGUGCCAUCUCUGUGUUAGGUCCGACAUUUUCCAUUGUAGAUCAUUGUGUUCUCCAGAACAUUUUUUCUCCAGAAUGAUUUUUCCAUCCACUCGAGCGCAAGACAAAUUCCACCAAAUAACGAAAGCGCAUCCCUCCCCCUCAACCCGCCCAAUUGGGCAUUAUUCUCCUGGCGCUGGAAUUCCCAACUACAUUCCCGAGCCAAACCCAACAACACCCCCGAAGAAAUUGAACUGUAAUUCAAUCCACCCCUCCCUUUCCGUGUCGCGCCCUCGGAAGAAGAACGGCGAAACAUUUAUGGCUUGGAACGCAAUGAAAUUAAACAACCACACGCGAAAAGGUUUCAUCGGUCCGUAUCGCGGGCCCCGAGGGGUAGCGAGGAGUGAGGAAGGUGGCGUGCAGCAAAAAAAAGUGGCUCAUAAAUCUUGCCAAUGGGUUUUAGGUGAACGGGAAAUACUGAAGAAAACAGUGAAAAAAAAACCCACACCAAUUGCAAUCGGGAACAUAAAGACAGAUAGCGGGUGGAAGGAAAGCAGCAGGAAAAAAAGCUUAAGUAAACAGAAGGCGGUCGGUCAAUGGACGAAAGAGCUGAAAGCGGUGGGUUAUGGGGAAGGCGGACAGAAAAAUAAACGUAUCGACUGAAAAUUAAACAGCAGAUAUAAAUUGUUAAAUAAACACUCGGGAAAGAAGAAAAGUUGAUUCAGAUAGCGGGGGAUAUGAAAGGGUGAAUGUAGACUUUAUUUUUUUUUCGCUGAAAAAUAAAGAAAAGAAAUUCAAUGUGAUAAAAAAAGAGAUCGAUUAAGAGCCUAAAAAAUGAACAGUGUGAAAUGAAUGAAGUGGGAAUGGUUGAAAAUGUAAUUUUUACAACGACUGGCGAUAAACAUGUAAAAUAUAUAUGAUACUAAUUCAUCGUUUAGCAUAAUGAAAUCUUAAAUAAUUGGGAAGCUUAUUUUUGUUAGGGUUUCCUCGAAACGAGCGAAAAGUGUAAAAGAUGUAAAAUUAGCUAAAUGGGUAAGUGCGCGUGUAUAAAAGUAUUAUUCGCGUGGUAUUCGUCGGGAAAGAGAGAAAGCGCAAGAGAGAGAGAGGGAAGAGCGGGAAAAACUUAAAACUUAAGGAAAACUAGGACUAACAGAAAUCACUUAUACCAAUUUGUUGACUAUUUGAAAGCGAUCAUAUUUUACAUCCCAUUAACUAGAAUUUUAUUAUCGAACCCAUACAAACCAAAAACAAAAACAAAAUGGAGGCACGAUCCAAAGUCAUGUGACGUUAUUUAACAUUAUAGAUGAGUGGGAAGCUAAUUCUCUAAUCAGCGCUCAUUCAAGGAUCGAUAGUCGCGCCCUCUAGGAAAGCAUGAAAUAGCAAAUAAUUAUUCAACAGAAAUUUGACGAUAUGUCCGCGAGUGGCAGAAACAACAUGUGGGCAUACAACAACAAAAAAAAGAACACUUAAGUAAUC